GAGAUAAUGGUGCUCAGCUCAAACAUCACAAGGAUACACAACUUUUUCAUCCUUGGGUUCCCUGGACUCUCACCGUCGUACUAUGGCCCUGCAUCAGCUGUACUUUUUCUAGUCUAUCUAGCUAUUUUAGUAGGAAAUAGUUUCAUCUUGGCAUUUGUCAUCCAUGAAAAAUCUCUUCAAAAACCUACGUACUUGGUCUUUUGUCACCUUGCACUGACUGAUUUAUCAUUUGGUACUGUUACACUCCCAAAGAUCAUUUCAAAAUAUUGGUUUGGAAACAGCAUCAUCUCAUUUUAUGAGUGUUUUACACAAAUGUUCUUUGUUCACUAUUUAGGUUCAGUAAUGUCAUUUUUGUUACUGGUAAUGGCUCUUGAUAGAUUCAUAGCAAUUUGUGCUCCACUGCGAUACCCUGUCCUAAUCACAAACAAUAUUAUAUUUGCUCUUUGUGGAUCUGCUUGGUUUUUACCCCUGCCUUUGAUGCUGUUUGUAAUAUUCCAAGCCCUCAGUUUACCUUACUGUCAGUCAAAUAUUAUUACCCAGUGCUACUGUGACCACAUCUCAAUAACAAAUCAGGCAUGUGGAAAUGAUCUGAAGAUUGCAGUGAUUGUUACCCUUUGUAUCGCUAUGUUUUGUCUCUUGGUGCCUCUUGCAUUUAUACUGAUUUCUUAUGUUUCUGUUAUUAUAGUCAUUUUAAAAAUGUCUAAUUCUACAGGACGCAGCAGAAUUCUGGCAACAUGUACUCCACAAAUAUUCAUAACAUGUCUUUUCUAUCUCCCUAGGUGCUUUGUUUAUAUAGCUAACACAGUUGGAUUUUCUUUUAGCGUAGAUGUUCGCAUUUUGUUAAUUCUGCUGUACAGUUUACUUCCUGCUGCAGUCAACCCGGUAAUAUACUGUUUCAAGACCCAAGAAAUAAAGCACACUUUGAUGAAGAGAAUAAAAACAGCUAAAAUUGGAAUAGAGUUAAAAAUCUGGACCAGUAACUGACAAGGAUCAGAAACUGUGAUGAUACAAUCAUCAAAAUGUCCUUAAAAAGUGUCUUUUUGGUUUCUACUUGUUCAAGUCAAGCUAAUUUGAGAAAAUUAUCUUUAGCUUGAGAAAAAUCUUUAAAGCAUCCUUAAAUUCUUGGUUCAGAAGCCAAAGUAGUCCAAAGUAAGAGAAGAAAACGCAAAAUAUUGUGAAAACUGAUUCCAUUGGUGGAUCAAAAUGUGAUGCAUGAAAAAGAGGCUUUGUUUUGUUCUGGAACACAUGGCCUCCAAACACAAUGAGCUCCUUCAGAAAGUCUUGUGUCUGAUAAGAUUACUCUACUUUAAGAAAAAAGAAACUUUAGCAUAUUUUCAUUAAAAGUCUUUUUCUUAUAGUUCAAAUACUUUUUGGAUUGCUAAAGUGCAUUUGUGGCCCUUUAGAGUCUGACCAUCCAUAGUCAUCCCCAUC